AUGGAGCGCGAGAAGCCCGGCGCGUUGGCGAAGGGCGCCAUGCCCGCCGGCGCGCUGGACGGCCGCCGCGCCGCGUUCGAGAGGGAUAAGGCCGAGGCUACCGCGCUGGUGAGGGGCAAGGUCGCCGCGUUUGCGGGUGACGAGGAGCCGCGGAAGGCUCCGGCGCGCGGGGGAAGGGACAAGACGGUGGAGAAGGCCCGGGGGGGCGAGGAGGACCAGUCGGCGAAGGGCGACCGGCGCGAUGAAGAGGCGGGCGAUGAAGAGGCGGCGGUGAAGAAACCGGUGGGGCUGGGCCAGAGGUUUGCAAUGUUUGAGGGCGGGACGGCGGCCGCGGAGAACGGCGCGGCUCACGUGAAGGUCAAGGCAAAGGUAGACGAGGGGGACAGGCCUGUUGCGAAGGCAGUGGCGAAGGCGGUAGGGAAAGUCCCUGCGGCUAGCGGGGACGGCGGCACGGUUAAAGGAAAGACGAGUACCAGCGAGGCGGGGGUGGUGCAGGAGCUGCGGGAGGUAAAGAAGCAGAACGAGGAGCUGCUUAAGCGGCUGGUUGAGCUAACCACCGCGUUCAAGCGGCUGGAGAAGAACCGGGAAGCGUUGCAGGGUAGACUGGCCAAGCUGGAGAAAAAGUGAAGCUCGCGCGACAUUGCCAACAUAACAUUAACUGAUGAACCUAUGAACUUUAAAAAAACCCACAUUAGAUCGAGA